UGUGGUCAAAAUUUUGGAAAACCAUGUUUCCUUAGACAUUUGCCAACAGGGAGACAUAUCCCAUAGUGCAGUUCAUACAGAUUGUAGUGCACCAGACUUGCCUUUUGUAAGUUAUGAAUGUAAUGAUUUGACAACAGAAGAUGAGCCGGAAGAGGUUAUUGAAGGAGAUAUUAAGUCAGCAAUUAGAUCUCUGCAGAGUCCAGCAUUGGAGCAGAGGCUCACAGAUAAAGAAGACAUAAUAAGAGGUAACAUCCAACAAGCAUUGCAAUCGCUUGAGAAAUCUAAUGUAAAUAUCUCCAAAGGAGACUUUAAAUCAGCAAUGUUAUACAGGAAUUCAGGGAGAGCUGCUUCAGAGAAGAGCAAGGCUGUUCAAAAGCAGAGUGUUGCGGUGCCUAUGCCUCCAUUUGACACAAAAUUGUUUCCUUCAAUUUCAGUAACGUGUGAAGGCCAAUCAUCGAUCACAGCCAAGAACCCAACAUACUGCCCUGUAGAAAAUGGAAGCCCUAAAUCAUCCACCUCCGAGGUUGUAACUUCUCCACCGUGCCUGGCAACGAGACCAAAGAACCUGAAGUCAGCUUUGCAAGCAAAGCCAGAAUGGACUAAACCAACAGUCAUAGACAAUCCAAAUGUGCCGCAUUCAAAUAAAAGCAAUCCACUUCCUCCAAAAAAUGCUACAGAUUACUCACAACCUCCCAAUGAAAAUGUAAUUGUAGAGACACCACACACAUCUUUACCGAAUGAUGAGAGCUAUGCCAAAAAGAAAAUCAAUGUAACGGAGGAAAUACAACUGUUCAUGAAUGAUUUUGAGGACAAUGCAAAGCAUGAAAGCAACUUAAGCUUACAGGCUGCUUUGAAUGGCUUAGAAAGAACAGGCAGUGAGACCUUGACAAAAAAUGUCAAUAGGCCAAAAAUUAUCGACAAAAGUGAGUUGAAGAAAUCAAUCAAAAAUGCGACCGUCACUCAAAAUUGCAGACCAAGCAUCUCACCUCGUAGAAAACAACUCUGCGAGAACGAUGUGUCAGAGAGUAAAGUUGUUUUAAGAAACAAGAAAGUCUGUGAGACAGAGACAGAACGACGACAGAGGCUUUCUGUGCACAUGGAUGAGAUCGUGAAGGGAAAUGUGAAGGCGGCCACAGAAAUAUUUGAAAACAUGAAAAAACGAGAGGAACUCAAAGGAAUCUUGUCUCAAGUGCAAGAGAUUGAAGGAGAAAACAGCAAUGUAGGUGUUAGCUCAAUGAAGACAUUUUGUAAUAAUGUCCCUGGUUGGAUGGUCACAGAAAGUGAAGAUUCAAAGCAAAGUGAAGUUGAAAACAAAGACGAUGAUCUAGAAAGUGUUUCUUCAGUUGAAAUGGUAUAUGAAGAUUUGGAAAAUGCAAGCAGGGUAAUAAUGAAUCUGAAGGAACAAACAUUAGCGAAGCUUCUUGACAUUGAGGAAGCCAUUAAAAAAGCGCUGUAUUCCGUCUCCAACUUAAAAUCUGAGGCAGACAUUGCAGGGUUGUCAGGACUUUUUGAUGAAUCCUUAAAAUCAGAACAACCUGUUCAACAAGCGAAAAACAUUAGGAAAAUCAGCAUUGUGUCAAGCAAGGCCAAAUCAGGUCAAGGAAAAGACACAAAAAAUACACCCACUGAUUCAAGUAAUCCCAAGCAAGAAACAGCCAGGCAAGCAAACAGGGCUAUUAGAUUGUCAUCUCCCCAGUCGUCACCAUCUUUUAUAUCCAUUCAUUCGGCAGCCAGAAAACCCAUUGAACAAUUAAAGCCCCCCAUGUCGACAUUCAAACCAUUGACAGAAAUGAAUGGGCGAGACAAUCCCACUCAAGAGUGUGGUCACAAGCCAGCAAACUGCAAGAUCAGUGUGCUAGAAGUGCAAACAGUUCCUGAAGAACCUGCAGAUAUAAUUGGCACAAAGACUGUCAGUGAAACGUACAAAGAGACAGAUGGUUUUGGCAAUGUUUUUGUAUCUUCUGUGACGUCGACGUCAUCAGCUGCUAUAUUUGAGGUGGUAGGGGGCCCAAGCAGAUACGAAGUCGUGACAUCACCAAUACUACAAAGCCCUUCUGAGGCCAUUAGUAACACCAAUGAGAAAGGGAAAACAUUUAGCCAACAAAAGGAGGAUCAGUAGAUACUUUUUUUUUUAAGACAAAGGAAUUCCAGUUCAGUUAUCAGGUUUGUCCAUCUUAAAAAAAAGAUUAAAAAAACAAAAAAAACUAAUGUGGAAUUAAGGAUGUUGACUUUUUAAGAUUUUUCUUUUGUCUUAGAGAUUUUAUACUGUGAUUAUAUUAUAUACAAUGUUUAAUUAUUUUUAAAUGAGGAAAAA